UUACGCUUUGGCGCGUUAGUAAACAAAUAGAAGAAAAUGUAGUUCUAAGAGGGAUUUAAGGAAAAGAAGGUUAAAGAAUAUGGUUUUUAUUAUUCAUUAAUCAGACCCCAUUGACUUAGAAAAAAAGAUAUGGUGGACUUUUGAGUGAAUGGCGUCUUAGUCAAUGGUUUACAAACCAAACAAAGCGGACGCUGGAAAGAAUUCUUUAUCAUGUCUUCGUGGCUUCAAGAAAAGCAUAGAACGAUUUUCUUAAGUAAAGGUUGUUCUACCCUUCUAAAUGUCUUUUCCUUUGCUGCCGUCUACUACCUUUUUUCUCGCUGAGUUCAGCUGGGUUUUAACGUACUUAGAUGGAAACUUUCUUUUCCCUUGAUACCAACGCAGAUACAAAAUUGACUUCAAUUCGUUGUUUUUGAUUCGAAAACAGACGUUUUACCUGAUUUCAGUUCGAGACUGGAUUUUCUUUUUCCUUUUUGUAAUUUUAUUUUUUAGUUGAGGUAUUUUUUUUAAUUAUCGUACUUCUUGUUGAUCCUUUUGGACUUAGCAUACAUUACUUCUCUGUCCAUACACCUCGUCUAGGAUACCCACAUUUCCCCAAGUCUCUUCUCACCUCAACAAAACUCGAAAUUUCCUUUUUCCAUUUAAGGCAUACACUUGCAGGUUUGUUUUAAAAACCAUUAAAACUCUGCACCAUGGAUGUCUGGGAGCUUCAGCACUUUUCCGCUCUCUUUUACCUCUUGCAGUGCAUCGAAAGCAAUCCCAGCAAUCCCAAUGUCUCUUCGCGCUUGUUAGUGCAGUGUUUGGAUUCUUAUACCAAGGAUUUUCAAAAAUUUCUUUCUAUAGAUCCCCCUAAUGCUUCAUCUCGAAAUAAAUUGGAAUCUGGGGAAGCAGAACUGAAUGGAAUGGUCUGCAAGCUGAAUGAGACUUUUAUCAAGCAGUCUCUUACAAUUUCUUCACAGCUUUCUAUGGACGAAAUCCAGUCUGCUUGUCUCUUGCAAAAGGGCAUAGAAGCCUCUCAAGCCUUGGACCGUACACCUAUUCAAGCUGCCUUGUACAUGUUUUUCUUGUCUCGUGAGCAGCUCCUUGAAUCCUUAGAAUUGCUUACAAGGAUUGCAUCAUUCAAAGAUUUGGAUUCUGACAUUGCAAAAGCUUUGCAUUCUUAUUUGAAGGGUCUGUGUAAAGCGGAAAAUGACGUUGUGAAGACUUGUUGUGAUUUUGUUACUGUUUUGGAUAAAAAAAUUACAGAAACACUUCGAAAUGAAGCUAGUGGUCAAGUAUUGGGUAUUGCUGAUGUUGUUGACUUUCAGGAAUACAUCAAGUUGUCUCAUGAAGCUCAUAUUGCCGAAUUGGAGACCGUUGCUAUCAUUCUCCAUCAACUAUCAGAACUAGGAUUGUUGCAGCAAUCUCAUUUUGAGUCUCUCCUGUCCACGCUCAGCAAGAGCGAUCCUACUAAUAAAAUUGCAGUACUUAUAUUACCUUCCCUGUUAAGCUUUUUGAAAAAGCUUCUCCGGGUCGACUUCCUUCUAGAGGGAGAGGGUAAGAUAAAUGUAGCACCCCCCACCUUACAGCAUAUUCAUCAUCUGCUUAUAAAAACAGCUGCUUCGAGCUGGCGUUGUCCUCAGUUCAAGCAGAUCUUAGGAAUAUGGUGGCUUACUUAUCUUAAUGAAGCUUGUAAACAAGCUACGAAUAUUCCCUCUUUCAUUGACUAUGAGUCGACAAUUAAAGAUCCUGCCAAUGAUUUUAUCCAUGCUGGCGUGUUUUCCGAUAUUAUAACCUUUGUUAUACUUCCCUUUCGACAAUCGGACGAUGAAGGAAUGGAAUGGAGCUUUGCGUUUAAGCCUCGAUCACGUCUUUCAAUCAGCUGGCCAACUGUCCGUCCUUUGUUGGUAAACAUCAUUUUUUCCAAGUUUCGUUCAUUCUGUCAAUCAUUUAUAAGUUAUAUGCCUGAGAUUUUGAAAAUACUUAGGCUCCUUGAAGAGGACAGAUACUUAACAAACGCAGCACACCCCGAUUUAGCUACUGAGGAUCUUCAACAAGUUUUCUUUCCUUUUGAAGAGUUUUAUCAGCUAUUGUCUUCCGUAUAUACCUAUGAUAAGUCGUGGUCAUUGGAUUUUUGGGCUGACAUCGAAAGCGAUAUGUAUGGUUUCUUAACUUGGUCUAUGGAAUCGCAAACUCCAGGAAUUGUUACUUCAUUUACACUUUUACUGGUUUCUAUUUGUACUAAUGAAUUUACUGCCACAAAGGUUCAUGAAUUAAUGUCCGAACCGGCCGCAGAAAUUAGUCAUUUCGAUAAUUCCGCAAUAGCCGGAACGAAUUGGUCAUAUAUAUUCAAUGUUUUCCAUUACUACAUUUCCCAAUUGAAGCCCAUCCAGACCGUUGUAACUUCUUCGGGCGUUGCUCGUGUUCAUACUGAACCUGGUGAAAUUGACAUUAAUUCUUCCUUGAUCUUACAGGGGUAUAUAUUAUUAUUUGCCAGCGUUACCCGUAACAGCUCUCAAAUCUUAGCUGCCCUCUGUGAAGAUCAAACACUUAAUCCUAUCGGUACUUUUUUUGAACUGUUAGAAUGCAGAUUAAUGGAAAGCGUACGCUGCACAAUAGUAAUGGCACUUGAAUCAAUGUCUUGCCAAUCUUCUGGUUUUCUAAAUAACGCCUUAUGGAACUAUUUGGAUAACUGGUUUAUUACUUCCGUUCUAUUUGACAUUGACGGCGGGCUUGCUCCUAUAUCAUUUGCCAUUAACUCAAAAAACGUAUUCCCUAAAUCACCCAGUGCCUUCGGUCCUCUAUUGAAUAAUAUAAGAAGAUUGACAGCUACGUCAAGUAUCAGAAUAGCUUUCAUUAAAUUUUUGACGUCUUUGGUUCGUUCGAAGAGUGAACUCAAGGUUACCCUUACUUUUCCUGAAAAUUUGGGAUCUUCCUAUCGUGCACCUGGUAUAAAACCUUAUGUGGAUUUUGUAAUUGAAACUUUGGUUUUAUCCUCCACUCAAUGGAGAACUGUGCAUAAUGCAGAAGCGUUAAAAGUCACAUAUUCAUGUCUUCAAUUUAUCUCUGCUGUUUUCGAUGACCUCAAUUUGAAUCUCUUAAUUUAUUUCCGACUCUUUGGUAAUAGAAUCAAAGAUAAAGUUCAGAGCAACAGCUUGUAUGUUUAUUUGACAAGGCAUCCAGCAAUUUAUUUGCUGGAAGCGGUUUUUGUUGAAAAUGUCUAUUCGGGACUUUUCGACCUUGUUGAGUUCGGCUAUGAUCAAAUAGAAGACGUUGCAGUUCCUCAACUUUUGGUUUCCGCUGUUCUACAGUCUCUUUUUAUCCUUCGUGAUGUCCUUGCUCUCCAGAGGGAGUUAUUCAAAAAUGUAAUUCCAUAUAUUACGGAAUUGGGGAUAAGUAAGCAUAUUUUAGAUUUGACAAUUUCCAGGAGAGCUUAUCGGGAAGUAUUUAUGACUAGAAUAUCUUCUAUUGUUCACCUUGCUUUAUUGGUAGGGUCCCGGCAUCAAUGUUUCGUACAACCAGCAAUUGAAAUUCUUAGUUUCUUAGUGGAUUCCGAAGGCUUUAUGAAUAAGGGUAGUACUGACGAAAAUAAGCUGCUUUGUUCAAUUGUUAGGACAGCGAAUGAGUCGAAGCGCAUUAUAUUUGGUUUUAUACGGGCAUUUGAAUUUAGAUCCCGUAUGUUGCUGUCCUCUGGUAGUGAGUCGUCUUUUAUAUUGCGUUUUCUUCUGAAUAAUUUAAAACAAAGCAAAGGCAUCUUUUCACUUGCUUUAUUGAUUUUAGGAUUCGAUAUAACUUCCACAAAUGCAGUAAUCGUCAGAGAUGAGCCUGGUUAUGUUGGCUCACAGAUUUCUCUACUGAACUCAUUAUUAAAUUUCAUAGAAUUGAGAACGCAGGACGAUGUCAUUCUGGAAACUCCUUUAGUUAUGGUCGAAGCACUCGAAAUUGUAGCCCAUCUUUGUUCUUCUCCAUUGACCUCUGAAGCUACCUUGGCAGUUAUAAGAGACCGCCCUCACUUUCUUGUAAAUCUUAUUAAUGUUGAGCCCAUAUUAUCUCAAAAUAGCAUACAAAAUCUCGAAAAUAUCUCUACAGAAGAAAUAAAUGUUUUCUCGAGAAGUUUGCAUGCUCGGGCGCAAGUGAUGACAAUGUUACUGACGGAAAUUCACUUCACCUCUUCAUUAGGAAAAAAGAAGCAGUCAAAAGAAUAUGUUAUUUCCCUUAUUGGAACCGCAGAGAGGUUAAGGACUUCGCAGUUAUCUCAAAAAUCGUCUGGCUUUAAGAUACUAGAUUUCAUGGAUAUUCUGAGGAUCGACAAUCGAAAAAUAGCAUCGGAAUUACCCAAAGUUCCAGGUUUCAAUUUAAGCAUGUUCGUGACGAAGUUUGAUAAUGGAGUCAACGAUUUUCAGUUUGAUACUGACAGAGUUGUUAAAAUGUAUAAACUUCUCUUUGAUACUGAAGCAUCGUCUAUGGAAGAUACAAAUGAAGAAAAAGAAGUUUGGUUCAAUCAAAAAAAGGAACAAUUAGAGGACCUUUCUAGUCGCUUAGAUCUUUUCAACUCACGGGUCGUUUUCCUUCAGCAUGUUCAUGAUUGUUUGGAGGCAUGGGCUAGACUAACCGGUAUAUUAAUAGAAGACUGUCAUUCUGCAAUCCCUGAGGUACAGUUUGAUGAAUUUAUUUGGGAAUUAUUGCGUUUGUUACUUCCUGGUGCAUCAAAUUAUAGCUUAGAAAACCAGAAUGCGGUUUCAGUCACCACUGCAGUCAUUGAAACCAUUGUUCCUUAUGCUUUAAAAAAAAUGAAUGCUUUAAAACCAGAAGAAUACGGAAAGCUAACUUACUUUGUUGAAGGAGUACAUGGAAUAAUCGUUAGCUUAAUCAAAGGCAUUCAAUGCCAGUCAUCAGACGAAACUAUUCGUGAAAAUUUAUAUGGCUCUCUUUUAAGCAUUUUGACUACAUUUCAAAAAUGCACUAGUAUGUUGAGCAGGGAACAUGGGGAUUCAGAAUUCUUGAAAACUUUAGAAAAGUGUAUGAAUCCAAGUCUAUUAAACUCUUCCUUUUUGGAUGUUUUAACGAAAGAUGCAUUGUACACAAGUGGAUCAUGCUGGGAAUUGUCGGUUAUUACGUUAAAUUUCCUGCAUAGGCUAUCACCAGACAUAUCAACCCAUUUAUACAAAUAUUACUUGCGUCGUAAUUUCAUUGGGUCGUUUGUCGAUGCCUUUUCAAAAAUAUUCUCAGAUAUACUUGCUUCUGGGAAAGAGAUUAUUGAAGUCAUAAGUGGUUUAGAAGCAGGACAAUGCUUCUUAAUUACGCUUGCGCAAAACAAAAUUGCUGUUCAUUCUGUUUUAACGAUGGAUUAUAUACGAUUAGUGGUUGAUUUGUUAUUGCAACUAUGUAAACAAGGUGGUAUUCAACACCUUCGACCUCAAGUUCAACGAUUGAUGCUUCAACUUUUGCAAAUCUUUAUUUUGGCAUUAAUGAAGGUACCUUUAAAGGUAAUGUCUAAUAAAGACAAAGCACUCUUACAAUCUGUGUUCUCGCUUUCGAGGAAGUUACAAGAUUCUGUUCAAAUUAAUACGGAACAAACGUGGAGUACAGAAGCUGUUACCGUAAAGAAAUAUGUUGAAGUAAUAAGUCAACUUUUGGAUCUUCAUAGAGAAUAAAAGGCUAGUAAUGAAUACCCGGCUAAGGGUGAAGAAAAUUACACUACAUUUUAAUGCUUACUUUACAAAUAGAGGAUUAAAUAAAAUUAUUAACGGGUAACUUGGUUAUUAAAUACUAUUAUUCCAUUUUCGAAA